AUGAAGAAGCCCCACCCCUGCGGCAACUACCUCUGGCUGGUCACCCGUUUGGGGGCGGAUAUCGGGUUGACUUGCCAGAAGUGCCAACGCCACGUAAUGCUUGCCCGUUCUCACUUGGAGCGGCGAGUCAAAGAGGUCAUCCUCAGGACUUCCAAGACCCUUUAA